UACACAUACAGGAUUGUACGUUGACCAUUUAAGAGCAAGGCCACUCUGGGAAAACAAACUCAUUGCAGUGAUUUGUUUAUGGAAUGAAGUUAGGAAUUAGAUCAAAAUUGCCUUUGGAUGCCAACAUUUAAUCACAGCUUAAGUAGUUACUGAAAUCAAAGUUUUUUCUUGGGGGAAAAGAGAUUUGUCUUGUAUCUCAGUAAAACAAAGCUGAUGUUGCUCUUCAUGUCAUGUACACAUCACACGACUGAGACAUGAACUGUUCUGAGUGACUUGUAGUUGUUUUUAGUUGUGUUCAUGUUGAAAAUUCACUUUUUUCCUUUUAGGUACUGCUUUUUAUUACAGCCCGAAAGUUUAAUGUGACAGUGUAAUUGUUUUUGUGUUUGCCUUUUGUAUUUUAUAGUCGUAGCAUUUUAUCUUUCUUCAACACAAACCUCAGACAUGAAUCAAACACAGCUCAGUAACUGCAACGGCAACAGCAAACUCAUGUGUUUUCACUCUAUUCUAAAUGAGUAAUUAUAAAGUCGUACAAUUGUGAAAACACCUGGCCAGCGGGAAACAGAUGGAUAUAAUAAUGUAAUGAGAGUGAUAAUCAUCAAGCUAAAAUAACUAUAAAUAACCGUUAAUGUAGUGACAUUGUUCUUGUGCAAAAGUAAGUCCAGAUUAAAAUGUAAAGUUCUAUAAUGUAGAUCAUCAGGGAAAUCUACCUCUGAAUACAGUCCAGGGAGCUUUUUUCUUCUUGUUUUUCCGGUAUAUUUUAGUGUGAAUGGAAAACAUCUUGAGUUAAUACGAGCCACCUUGAGGUUUAACAUUAGAGAUUAGACUUUUAAAUUGUGACUGACAAUGAGAAACAGCAUUGUUCAAGACUGGAAUGGGAAUUUUGAGAGCCCACAGCAAGAUGUUGGUGCAGCAGAGAGAGAAGUUUUGAUUGUCGGAUAAAACAGGUGUACGGGGCAUUCGUUAAAUCCGUUGUUUCGUUUCUGUGGCAAACGCACUUAUUAAACGUUAACUCCGUUUGUUUGCGGACAGUAUGACAAGUGGAAAGAUGUUUUUCCACAUUCCUCAUCCGCCAACUACUCGCCCAUAUUUUUUAUGGUCUUGUUGUUCACCGCUAUUCAGUUCCGGCGGUGAGCUGUCACAACACAUUGUCCCUGACUGUACGGAUCCCAUUUACUUGAUCAACCCCAUGUCUCCCCCGUCACAUGCUGUUUGACAUGUAUAUUUCUUGAUCCCACAAGUGAACGUUAUUAAACCAGAACACAGCGGUCCAGUCCUCCCCAGCAUGCAUUGUCCUGUUCAGACACAUCACAGGAACAGCCGCAGGACCGAGAGGACUGCUGCGUCUCUGCCUCAGCUUCACCUUGACAUCAGUUCCUCUGCGGGAUCAGACGCCCACCCUGUAGCUUUGAUAUAUUUUCUAACGGGCCUUCCUGGAUCCACUGAGACACAUGGAACUUAGCACAAUUAGUGUACUGUAAUUCCUCUUUAUCUCAUUUCCUGUUAGUGUGUUUAUAGUCAUCUACCCGCUAUUGUGAGCUGCGAGUAAGCAUGUUUUUCUACUAGCCGUUGCAGUUUCGCUUUACAUCACCCUAUUUGAAUUAGCGGUCAUAUACAAGUUGGACUUGCUGGGAAUGAAUACAACAGUUGAAAUGGAAUUGAUAUCAGCUGCAAUAAAUUAAAGGUUUUAUAGUGUAAAACAGCAAUAAAAGCUAAAAUCACCAUACAUGUAAAAUAAAACAAAGCUAAUAAUUUAAAAAUGGUUAAAGAUAAGCUUCCAUGUCCCCUGAGGAUCCUGUGUGUUUGUUCUUGUCAUUGUUAUUUAGUGCUCGAAGAAUUUUUAGAGAAAAAAACAGUCAUGUUUCUCAUGGAAACGUGCCCACUCGAAAGUCCCAACAGCUUGUUUUCAUCAACUAUGGAUCGGUUAUUAGUAAAUAAUUUGGUUCUUUGCCAAGUGAAUAUCCUGAAACCAAGAAAUAUUGAUUAAUCUGAGAAAAUAAUAUAUUAGUUCCUCGAGGUUUUGUUCUGACAUUUGACGAGUCCUCUGUGAUUAAAGCAGAGUGACCCAGCAAGGGUUAACAUGAGCAGCGCUGUGUUCCCUCCUCCUGACGUUGACGGAGCAAUCUCACACAUACACACACACACACACACAUACACACACACUUUCUCCGCUGAGGCCAGCACAGAGCCAGAGAGGAGGGACUGUACGCAGCUCUGAGAGCCAGCUGUCGUUCGCUCAGAGCUGGGUCUUUUCUCUCCCUGACUCCCCCGUUCUCCACUGGCCUCAUCACUCCAUGGGACUCCAGACCUGGCCUCCAAGCAAACCACCACUGUCCUCUAUGGCCUGCCUUGAUGUGGAGACCCCUUCCAUCUGCAGGGGUAAAUUCAAAUCAGUCCUCCAGCUCUGUCUGCAGCAGAGAAGAACUCGGGAGCAACUUGUUGAGCAAGGCAUCAUGCCACCUCUGAAAACGCCUGCUGCCUUUCAUGAGCAGAUUCGCAACCUGGAGAGAGCCAGGACUGGGAACUUCUUAAAGCACAAACUCUGCAGCAGACCUGAGCGCUCCGAGUUGGUCCGUAUGCACAUCCUGCAAGAGACGCAGGCAGAACCAUUACUCCAGGCCACACAGAUGAAGCUGAAGAGGGCCAGACUGGCUGAUGAUCUCAACGAGAAGAUCGCCCAGCGGCCUGGACCGAUGGAGCUAGUGGAGAAGAACAUCCUGCCUGUAGACUCUAGUGUCAAAGAGGUCGUGAAUGGUGAUAAGCCAAACUACCCCAAGACGCCAGAUGUGUACAACUUUGAUGAGGACAGCAGUGGUGCGUUAUCACCAGAACAGACUCCCAGCCAAGAAUCUCCCAGCUCUAGUUCAGCCUCUGUAAGGGAGUCUGGAGGGACUGAGGCCUCCUCUAUUCCCUCUAACCUAAACUCUUCAAUUCAGCACUCCCCACCUCCUAUCUCACAGUCCACAUCAGAUUUAGUGAACCUCGUUUCCAUCAGUGAGCAACAGAGCAACCAACAAGCAACUACACCUCAGCCAAUAGCCACGGUUGUCACCAGUGUCACAACAGGGCCGGUUCUUGUAAAGCAAAGCCUGCCCAAGACACCCAGCGAUAAAAGCCGCAGUAAAAAGAGCAAAGAGCCAAAGCCACGAGUGAAAAAGUUGAAGUAUCAUCAGUACAUUCCUCCGGACCAGAAGCAAGAGCUUAAUGACGUACCAAUGGACUCUGCUUAUGCCCGCCUCCUGCAGCAGCAGCAGCAGUUUCUGCAGCUCCAGAUCCUAAGCCAGCAACAUCAGCAGUUCAACUAUCAGGCCGCUCUGCCUGCCACACUCAAACCAACAACUGAGGUACAAACCAGCUGCUCCAGUGCUGCUCUGAGUGGAAACGCUGCGUCUGCCCCUGUGCAGCCCCGCCACACUCAGACAAACCGCAAGCCGGAUCAUUUACCAGCCAAUCUGGAUGAGAUGAAGGUUGCUGAGUUGAAAAUGGAACUAAAACUCCGAUCUCUGCCUGUUUCUGGGACAAAGACGGACCUGAUAGAGAGGCUAAAGCUGUAUCAGGAGAGCUCUAACAUUCAGAUUGCUGCUGCCAUGGAGACAACAGCUGUCACAGCAGCUUCACAAUCUGGAAACAUAAAGUUAACCCCACCUGUGUCCCCAAUAGCCUCCAAAGUGUCCAGUCUGGGCAUAGAGGACAGUAGUAUGGCAGACAGUCCCGCAAAGCUUUCAGACGCUUUGUCUCCAACUCAUGCUGCUCCCUGUGUGAGCUCCCCACAAAGAGCUCCACCGGAGGAGUGCUCCAUAGAGACGACCACGUCCUAUGAAAAGGACAAACGUCUCCAUGAGAAGGAGCGUCAGAUCGAGGAGCUGAUGAGGAAACUGGAGCAGGAACAGAAGCUGGUGGAGGAGCUGAAGCUGCAGCUGGAGGUGGAAAAGAGGAGUCAGCAAGGAGAUUCUCCACCUCGUCUAAGCCCUCUCACUCCUGUCCAGAUCAAAGAGGAAAACAGGACCCCCUCAAACUGCUCAGCGUCUUGUAGCUCUCCUGGGCUGCCAGUGGUGGUGAAACAGGAGGAGGGUGCGGAUCAGAGUUGCUUAGCUCCUCCAAAUCAGUUCAUCAUCAGCCACCAGACCAUCAAGCAGCCUGAAACCCUGCAGCCUGUCCAGGCUGGAGCUCAGAUCCUCCUGCCUGCAUCCCUUCCUGCCUCAGCAGUCACUAUCCAGCUGCCUGCCAACGGCAUCAAAUUACACACUACUGUUAGCAGCACAGCCCCAGGCCUCAUCCAAACCUCUGGACAGGUGCCACAGAAAAUAGAGGCCUUAGCACCAUUACAGCAGCAAUGCAGCACUCAGACUCAGCCACUGACAAAGACGUGGAGGAUGGAUACUACAGCACAAAGCUUACUCAACACAUUCCCAGCAAGUGGACAACUGGCGGCAGCCUCCUCUAGCCAAACCGUCCCGAAAGGGCGUACAAACAAGUCACCUCAUCCCAGCCAACCAGCUUUGAUCUUGCAGCAGCCAAAAUUCACAAGCCAUGUGUCAAAGUGUAGGGACCCGCCCCGCUACGAGGAUGCAGUUAAACAGACCCGUAUGCUAACAGCUGCUCAGGGUCCCUCUGCAGCCAGCCAGCAGAUGGAUGAUCUGUUUGAUGUGUUGAUCGAGAGCGGUGAGAUCUCCCCCUUCAUCAAACAGGAUCGUCCCAGCCUGGACAAGCCUCUCCCUGUGACAGCCAGUGUAACCACCCUUCCCAUUAACACGGUUUUAUCACGCCCUCCACCCCUGGUCCAGGUGGCCCAGCUUCCUGCUGCGCAGCUUGACCCUUCGAGCAGCUUGGCAGCCCUGACCCCUGACACCCAGCUGGAAACACUCCUGGAUGGCACGCUGGGCGCUGACGCAGAGACGCAAACGCUGAAACUGAUGGAGGAGCUACACUCACCUUUGGUCUCCAUGGAGGUGGACUUCAAUGAAAACACACAACCCUCUGCUUUGAAUCUGCACAACACCAACAUGGAUAACAUGGAUUGGCUGGACCUUACCUUGUCUGUGCCAGCAGAGGGGGUCAACCCUUUGGACAUGUCAACGCCGGUGGGCGUCUUCUCCUCUGACUUCCUGGACUCCCAUGAACUGCACUUGAACUGGGACUGACUGCCGUCAAGGUGAUCCUCACACCUAGGGUUGCUUUUGUUUCCCGUGUGGAAAAAUAUGUGCUUUUGGAGGUCUGGGCAGCUCUGUUCUGCUUUAUGGUCAGAUAACUCAGCUUGGUAAUAAUCUAAUCAUGCAGCGUGCGUUUAGAAGUUGCUGCGUUGCUUCCUUUGAGGUCUUUAAGCCCUCUGAUUGUAUGGAGAGACUGACAUAAAGUAGGACUGGUACUGACAGAUUGAGCUGACAGCGGAAAUAGCUUGAAAAGAUUUCAGUCACAAGUUAUGCCGCUAUUCUGAUAUCAAUCCGUUCUCAUGUUAUUGAUCCCUCUUUUUUCUGAUCUAAAUGAAUGUACAGUGUUGUAUUGAUCGUGGUAAUAGCAGACAGAAGAAGAAAAUGUCCUGUUCCUGGUUAAAGAACUCAUAGACAAACAAUGCAUGUGACUGGGGUCUGUUAUAUAGUUCACUCCACCCUGUCUUGGAAUGGUUAUCAUUAAUUUGUUCAGAGGCAAACAAUCAAAACUAGCACUCACACACAACCGCUACAUGUGUGUGUGUGUAUGAUUUGAUAAGCUUAAGUCAGAUGUUUAACUGAAUUGGUGCAAAUAUGAAAAAAACACAAGAAUGCCUGAUAUGAGUUACCUUUAGUGUCAAAGGGCCACACCAAAUGGUCCCACAGCACAGAAGAAACCAGUCUGACCAACCUUGUAUUUAUUAAAAAAAUCCUCUGUCAACAUUGUUUCAUCUCUAAACCAGUUCUGACAGGGUGUUUUGCAGUUUGCAGAUGUUUUAAGUUCAUGAGUGAUGAGCUGAGAAUGACUCAACUGUGCAUCUUUGUUUUUUAAAACCAAUAGUCCUACAAGCUUUAAAGGGAAAAUCCUCAGUUACACUGAUGGCCAACUAGUCAGAACAUAAUUCAGUGCUUUAAAGUCUGGCAUAUUGACUCUUAAAGGUUUAAAGAUUUAAUAUUAAAACAUUAAAAAUACUGAAGUAAGGUCAGCUUGAAUUUUGUUUAGGUAGUUUAUUCAAGAAGUGUAAUCCUGGAAGGCCUUACCAGACCAUGAUCAACAAUGUAAAAACAUACAUACAAAAAAAACAUCCAUCAUUAUGACUCACUGAUAAUUUGUUAUCACCUCAUUUCAUACUGAAACAACGUUAAUGCACAUCAGUGAAUUUGUAGUGACAUCUGCUGGUCACAUGUGAAUCUGACAAGCUUAAGCAAGCACACUUUCUGGUCUGAUUUGUUUCCCUUUUUUAAGCAAAUGGUAUUAGAUGAAAUCCAGUAUAAAAAAAAGACACGACUCACCAUCAAGAAACCAUUAAACGGAUAAUGACAUACUUCCGCAGCAUCGUGCCUGGUGUAUGGGGUGAGACUGGUGUAUUUGAGCAUAAAGGUCAAUGUACUGACUGUUGUUUUGUUGAAUUUUUAGGGAUUUACUGUCUGCUUCUGCAGAUUAUCUGGAGUGUUGCUGACAUCCUCAUCUGAAUGUUGAAGGAACUGAUGAGAAAAGGUCUUACAUGUAAUUAUAUGAUUGUUUGUUUGUUUUUUUUCUUCCUGUCAGCGCAUAAGUGCCUCAUUUGACAAUCCAAAUGUCACCCUUUAAAAGGGAUUGUGUGCUGGAAUGAGAAAUACUUUAUCUUUACUAUACUAGUAUAACUCAACACCAAGAAACAUUGUAAUGCAUAAUUUAUAUGCCAUAUGUUUUACACAUUGUGUAUUUAUGUGACCUUUUAUACAAAUGUAGCAGGCAUUUUGUAAAUACAGAGAUUUAGGAUUUCACAUUAGGCCUAUCAGCAUCCCCAUUAUGCCACUUACCCCUUAAUGCUUGUCAUUAAAAAACUAUACAAGGAAAGG